AUGCGCUUCCCGCCACUCCGUCUCCGGCCGGGCUUCAACCCCGGCUAUCCUCUCGGCCAACAACCUGCAUCGCCGCCAUGCCGGCCUCGGCCAGAUCAUCUGGCCCGCAAGGUGUUCGACGAAAUGCCGGAGCGAACCGUCACCUCCUUCAACUCCCUCAUCGCUGCCUACUUCCAAAACCAACAGCCUCACCAAGCCCACCAACUGUUCACCACAAUGCCCCAACGAAACACCGCCUCGUACAACACCGUCAUCUCCGGCCUAAUCAACUCCAACCAAUUCUCAGCUGCGCUGUCCCUCUUCGCCUCAUUGCCCGACCCCAAUGUCGUUUCUUGGACCACGAUUCUUCGUGGUUAUGUGCGAGAGAGGCUUAUCUCAGAAGCAGAGAGCUUUUUUUGGAAGAUUCCGGAGAAGAAUGUAGUGACGUGGACGGUUAUGGUCGGGGGAUUGCUUGGAGAAGGGAGGGUGGAGGAUGCUAGGAGAUUGUAUGAUGAGAUGCCGGAGAAGGACGUGGUGGCGAGGACGAGCAUGGUUUGUGGGUAUUGUAAUGCGGGGAGGACGAGGGAGGCGAGGGAGGUUUUCGACGAGAUGCCAAAGAGGAACGUGGUUUCGUGGACCGCGAUGGUUUCGGGAUAUGCACAUAAUGGGCAAGUGGAUCUUGCAAGGAAACUCUUUGAAGUGAUGCCAGAGAAGAAUGAAGUUUCGUGGACAGCGAUGCUGACUGGAUAUGCACAUGCUGGACGGAUUGAAGAGGCAGCAGAGAUUUUUCAUGCGAUGCCAGAGAAACCGUUGAUAGCUUGCAAUGCGAUGAUUACUGGAUUUGGGAUGAACGGAAUGGUUGACGAAGCAAAAGAGGUUUUUCAUCGGAUGUUGGAGAGAGAUGAAGCCUCAUGGAGCGCGAUGAUUAAGAUUUAUGAGCAAAAUGGUCUACAAAUAGAGGCAUUGGAUUCUUUUCGUUCAAUGCAAAUGGCUAGAUUCUGUCCGAAUUACCCCUCUAUCAUCAGUAUUCUUACUGUCUGUGCUGGCCUUGCAAUUCUUGGCCAUGGCAGGCAGGUUCAUGGGGUAAUAAUGAAGCACCAUUUUGAUUCUGAUGUAUUCAUUGUUUCGGCUCUGAUCACAAUGUAUAUUAAGUGCGGUGAUCUCCCUAAGGCUAAGAGGCUCUUUAAUAUGUUUCAUUCAAAGGAUGUUGUGAUGUGGAACUCCAUGAUCACAGGCUAUUCUCAGCAUGGACUAGGAGAGGAUGCUUUGAGACUCUUUGAAAGUAUGAUCUCAACAGGAAUGGUUCCUGAUGAAAUAACUUUUAUCGGUGUUCUUUCAGCAUGUAGCUAUACUGGAAAGGUCAAAGAAGGGAGAGAGAUUUUUGAAUCCAUGAGCUCAAGAUUCUCACUUGAACCAAAAACCGAGCAUUAUGCUUGUAUGGUCGAUCUCCUUGGCCGAGCUGGGUUUGUUGAUGAAGCAAUGGAUUUGAUCAAGGAGAUGCCAGUUGAGGCCGAUGCUGUUGUGUGGGGAGCUCUGUUAGGUGCAUGUAGGACCCAUAAAAAUUUUGAGAUUGCUAAAAUUGCUGUCGAGAAGCUUUCACGUCUAGAACCUGGGAACUCUGGGCCUUAUAUUUUGCUUUCUCAUAUAUAUGCUUCUAGUGGGAGAUGGAAAGAUGUUUUCGAGCUGAGAAAAAUUAUGAGCUCGAGGAAUAUAAGUAAGUCUCCAGGAUGUAGUUGGAUUGAUAUUGAGAUGAAAGUGCAUAUGUUUACCGGUGGAGAUAUGUUGGCUCAUCCUGACCACAGGAUUAUUAUUGAUAUGUUGGAGAGGCUCGAUGGGUUGUUGAAGGAGGCAGGAUAUUGUCCUGAUGGUAGUUUUGUGCUCCAUGAUGUUGAUGAGGAGCAGAAAUCUCAAAACUUGCGAUACCACAGUGAACGACAAGCUGUAGCAUAUGGUAUCCUUAAAGUUCCAGAAGGCUUGCCAAUUCGUGUCAUAAAGAACUUGAGGGUGUGUGGGGAUUGUCACUCAGCUAUCAAGUUGAUUGCGAAGAUCACCGGACGAGAGAUUAUCUUGAGAGAUGCCAAUAGAUUUCAUCAUUUCAAGGAUGGCUCUUGUUCUUGUGCAGAUUAUUGGUGAACAUUUCUCCUUGGUCACAUGGUGAAAACUUAAAGAUCAAUUUUCUUAGCCCAUAUUUGGAGUCAUCAGGCUCAAAUUUCACACAUGGAGUGAAUUUUGCAGUAGCUGGUGCAGCCACUGAAUCAAAUGCAG